AUUCCCAACAACAUCCCGCACUCCCCCACAACACACACAAAUCCUCUCUCCCUCCCUCCCUCCCUCCCUCCCUCUCUCAAUUCCCAGACUACUUAAAAAAGCACGGCAAACCACUUCCCUUUGUUUCUUUCUUUCCUUUCACUGUUUCCUUGGUUUGAUAGUUGACGAUGGAGAAUAUUGGAGAAGAAUACAAGUAUUACUGGGAGACCAACGUCUUCCUCCAAACUGAAGAACUCGACAGUUGGGGUCUCGAUGAGGCAAUUUCUGGGUAUUACGAUUCGAGUUCGCCGGACGGAGCGGCGUCGUCGGCGGCGUCCAAGAACAUUGUGUCCGAAAGAAACAGGAGGAAGAAGCUGAAUGAGAGACUGUUUGCUCUCAGAUCAGUUGUCCCCAACAUCACUAAGAUGGAUAAGGCGUCGAUAAUCAAGGACGCCAUUGAAUACAUCCAAAGUUUGCACGAGGAAGAAAGGAAAAUAAAAGCGGAGAUAUUGGAACUGGAAUCAGGGAAAGUGAAGAAAAACACGGGCUUUGAUUACGAGCAAGGGGCGAUGGUGCUCAACGGCCCCUGGGGACCCAAGAAGAAGAGAACUGGGCAGUUCUGCUAUGAUUUCGAGCCUGUCCCCCCAUCUCCCAUUGAAGUCCUUGAGCUGCGAGCAUCGUAUAUGGGAGAGAAGACUGUGGUAGUGAGCUUGACUUGUAGCAAAAGAACAGACACCAUGGUGAAGCUGUGUGAGGUCUUCGAAUCUUUGAAGCUCAAGAUCAUCACUGCCAACAUUACCGCUUUUUCAGGCAGACUUUUGACAACUGUCUUCGUUGAGGCAGAGGAAGGGGAGAAAGAAGAGUUGAAGAGGAGGAUUGAAGCCGCCAUUGCAGUACUAAAUGAUCCUCAAAGUCCCAUGAGCAUGUAACUAUAUAAUUAUAGCAGCGACCCUAAUCAAGUUUUCCUUUACAGUUUCAUCUUGCAUGAUAGAAUCCUUUUGCAGUGGCUAUUUCCUGCUAUCUCCAUCAUCUCUUGUUGAUAUACCUCCCACUUUCUCUCUGUGUCUGUUUGGUUCUUGGGAAAUUUUUUGGUUGAUGAUGGAAAAAUGUAUUGUUUUUAAUCCAAUAAUAAUGGCCAACAUCCAAUAAGAUUAGACUGUUGCAGGGAAA